AUGUUUCUUUACGCGAAAGUGGUACUGGACAAUCUUUAUGACCAGGCAUCGGUGGCCGAUCUCAAUGAUGAGCUCUCCGAAGACAACUUUCCGAGGCAAAUGAAUGCGGCAUAUGAUCGGGUUGCAGCUCGAGUACUUGACCGAUCUGGCCCGAAAAGCAAGACAGCUCGAGCCAUACUGGAGUGGUUGGUGUGCUCCCCCAGGCCCUUGCGGUGGCGCGAGAUUCAGUCAAGCUUUUGCAUCAACCUCGAAAAACAAAACUGCGAUAUUGAUCGUCGUCGGGUAGAUAGCUGCAAGGAGUUGUGCAGAUCACUGGUUGAACUCAACCGCUGCGAGUAUCUCAAACAGGCCGCAUCGGAACACGAGGCCAUAGUCGGUCUGGUACACAACACUGCCCGCAGAUGGCCCUGUUUUGUACCUAAUAUUCUGUCCUCGCCGGCUUUCAACACCCGCGUUUACCCAACUGAAAAGAUCGCGGCUUCAGCGGUAACAGGCUAUUACGGACUUUUUGAUUACGCGCAAUCCUAUCGGAAAGAGCAUCUACGACAGAUGACAGUGUCCAAAGAUGAAGUCGAUGCCAAUAUCAAGAAAAGAGUGCUUGAUUCUGCACAACACCUUUUCACACAGGGGCAGGAUAGCUCUCCAAACCCAGAACAGCUUCAUGAUAACGAUAACGCAAGACCAACACCUGUCACAAGUCAGAACGGCGACUCCGGUACAGCCAACACCAGCCCGUCGGACGACAUGACUCUACACAAUGCUGUCACCACCAUCAGACACACAAUAGAAAACAUUGACCAGACGAUCCUCACCGAUCGCGAGCGCAAAGUACUCUUGGAGCUCAACGGCUCUGGAAGAUUCAAAUGCAACAGAUUGCAAUGCUCCAAGUUUUCUGAGGGGUUUCCCGAGCGAGAUGAGUGA